UCGGCGCUGGGACGGAACCCGGGCUUCUCUGAAACCCGCAAUGUGAGGCCUUAGCCCGGCUGGCUGCUGCCUCCUGCCCCGCUCUUUACUGAGGCCUGCGUCCGCUGCCGCCGCCCCGCAGCUCGCCCUCGGAGGACCCAGGGCGGCCGUGCCCUUCUGCCGCGUGCCCGCGUGGCUGCCGCCGCCCCUCCGAAUCCUCCGGGGCCGCAGAGGAGUUCGCUACGGAGGGAGGCGGGGGCCUUCGGGAGGAGGAGGCGGAGGGGGCGGAGGAGGAGGGAAGGAAGAUGGCGGCCGUGGAACUAGAGUGGAUCCCAGAGACUCUCUAUAACACCGCCAUCUCCGCUGUCGUGGACAACUACAUCCGCUCCCGCCGAGACAUCCGCUCCUUGCCCGAGAACAUCCAGUUCGAUGUUUACUACAAGCUUUACCAACAGGGACGCUUAUGUCAACUGGGCAGUGAAUUUUGUGAAUUGGAAGUUUUUGCUAAAGUAUUGAGAGCUUUGGAUAAAAGACAUUUGCUUCAUCAUUGUUUCCAGGCGUUGAUGGAUCAUGGUGUAAAAGUUGCUUCAGUCUUGGCCUACUCAUUCAGUAGACGGUGCUCUUAUAUAGCAGAAUCAGAUGCUGCAGUAAAGGAAAAAGCCAUUCAGGUUGGCUUUGUUUUAGGUGGCUUUCUUUCAGAUGCAGGCUGGUACAGUGAUGCUGAGAAAGUUUUUCUGUCCUGCCUUCAGUUGUGUACUCUACAUGAUGAGAUGCUUCAUUGGUUUCGUGCAGUAGAAUGUUGUGUGAGGUUGCUUCAUGUGCGAAAUGGAAACUGCAAAUAUCAUUUGGGUGAAGAAACAUUUAAGUUAGCUCAGACAUAUAUGGAUAAACUUUCAAAACAUGGCCAGCAAGCAAACAAAGCUGCACUCUAUGGAGAACUGUGUGCACUCCUGUUUGCAAAAAGUCACUAUGAUGAGGCAUACAAAUGGUGCAUUGAGGCAAUGAAAGAAAUUACAGCAGGCUUACCCGUCAAAGUCGUGGUGGAUGUUUUAAGACAAGCUUCUAAGGCUUGUGUUGUAAAACGUGAAUUUAAGAAGGCAGAACAGUUAAUUAAACAUGCAGUGUAUUUGGCACGAGAUCAUUUUGGAUCCAAACACCCAAAAUAUUCUGAUACACUGCUAGAUUAUGGGUUCUACUUACUCAAUGUAGAUAAUAUCUGUCAGUCUGUUGCAAUUUAUCAGGCAGCCCUUGACAUUCGGCAGUCAGUGUUUGGUGGCAAAAAUAUCCAUGUAGCAACAGCUCAUGAAGACUUGGCUUAUUCCUCUUAUGUUCACCAGUAUAGCUCUGGGAAGUUUGACAAUGCACUAUUUCAUGCAGAAAGAGCUAUUGGUAUCAUUACCCACAUCCUACCUGAAGAUCAUCUUCUUUUGGCUUCUUCGAAGAGGGUGAAAGCACUCAUUUUAGAGGAGAUUGCAAUUGACUGUCAUAAUAAAGAAACUGAACAGAGGCUGCUUCAAGAAGCUCAUGAUUUGCACCUGUCUUCACUCCAACUAGCUAAAAAAGCUUUUGGGGAAUUUAAUGUACAGACUGCAAAACACUAUGGAAACCUUGGAAGGCUUUAUCAGUCAAUGAGAAAAUUUAAGGAAGCUGAAGAAAUGCACAUCAAAGCAAUUCAGAUUAAAGAGCAACUUCUUGGUCAAGAAGAUUAUGAAGUAGCGCUUUCAGUGGGACACCUAGCUUCUUUAUAUAAUUAUGACAUGAAUCAGUAUGAAAAUGCUGAGAAACUUUAUUUGCGAUCUAUAGCAAUUGGGAAGAAACUUUUUGGUGAAGGCUACAGUGGACUAGAAUAUGAUUACCGAGGUCUCAUUAAACUUUACAACUCCAUUGGAAAUUAUGAGAAAGUGUUUGAAUAUCACAAUGUUCUGUCUAACUGGAACCGGUUGAGAGAUCGGCAGUAUUCAGUGACCGAUGCUCUUGAAGACGUCAACACCAGCCCCCAGUCCACAGAAGAAGUGGUGCAGUCCUUCCUGAUUUCUCAGAAUGCGGAGGGACCGAGCUGCUGAGGGAGGACCUCAGUUAACUAAUUUACCUUUUCCCAGAUUCCAGGGAAUUCAUACUGUGAAAUCAAAACCAUGUUGUUUUUUUGGGGCUGGAAUUUGCAUUGAAACACUGGUCCAGUCCAUUGACCCUAUUUGGGUGAUCCCUAUCUUGCAGAGUGUCCGUAGGAAUAAGCAUAUAUUCAGUUAUAUUCAGCAUGUACCCGCAUGUAUAAGUAGUCUGGCCCAUAUUUUCAACCUAGUAGAACAAACAACAGGAAAUCUUUCUUUUUUUUUUUUUUUUUUUAAAUCAUUUUGCAGAAAGCCUGAAAGAAAAAAGAACCCCCUAAAUAAAACUAUUUAAGAGUUUAAAAGAGUUGCAUUCUUAUUAUGUAAGGAUGAUUUUAACAACUUUUUAACAUAUAAUUCUUCCUUGUGAAGGUAUUCAAUACUGUAUUGUAAAGAAAUUUUAUGGGGAAAAUCUUUAUAUGCAGUAUAGAGGAGUUAACACAAGUCCUAAUAGAAGAGGGACAUCCUGACUUAGGUUUGGCUACCUUACCCAGAGAAGUGAUGCAGCCACUCCAGAGCUCUUUACAAGGGAAAGACUGUCAGAUUCAUCUGAACUGGACCAGUGUUGAUCUGUAAGUAAUAGAAAAGCUGGUAGACCAGCAGUUAUAACUCUUUGGUUGUUUUGUUUUAUUUUGUUUUUUGAUACAACAGUGCAAGAUGCUCUGAUAGCAUUUGCUAACAGGACCAGGAGGAUCUAAAAAGGACCAGCCUAAUGUAGAAAGGGGUUAUUUGGACCAGAGGCUUUAGAUUAUUAUUUUAGCCCCAGCAUAUACUUUUAUCAUUUAGAUGUAUAAUGAUUUCAUUUAGAUGUAUAAUGAAAAGUGGUAAUGCAAAAAUUAUAUUCAUGUAAUAGACACCAAACUAGGGAAAUUUGGCAAUUUCAGUGGCAUAUCUUUAGUCGAGGGACACAGAUGGCGAUGCCAUAAGCAAGUCUAUAAAUAUCUGCUGCAGCUGUCCCUCUCAUUUUAAAUGUUACCCUAAUAAUCGAUGCAAUUAACAAGUAUCUUGGCUAGGAGUCAUGAAAUAGCUCAUGUCUGGAUGAGAAUUUUAGGUUACUAUAUGUUUCUGUGGGGAUUAAUGGAAAAAUGAAUGCCCAAAAAUAAACAAGUCUUCUUAGAAAUCCUUCAUCUUUAUGGUAAAUAAUAGUAUAGUACGACUACAUCAUUUUAUUUGAAAUUCAAGAGUCAAAUGGAAAGAUUCCCUAAUGAUAUAUCUAUUUCACUAACUUAUCUUUCUGUUCAUUGGAUUUUGAUUUUUUUUUAAGCCAGUCAGGUUAUUUAAUGUUGAGGUAAUAUUCAAAUUUGAGAAGUUGUGACAUGUAGCAAUCCAAGAAACAGAAAGGUCUUUUGCUGUUACCUCAAUUCUUAUUAUAGUGGCCUAUUUGGUGCCUCUAUAGUUAAGAAUCAGGGUUUUCCCCCCUAUUUUCAGGGGUUCAUGACUUGGCUGUUAGAGAUGUUACUCCUGGCUGAUGCUUGGAGUAGUCUGUGGGUGAGUGGAUGUGUGUUGAAUUUUGGUUUUCUUUUAACAUGCACAUUGGGGUGGGAUGGGGAAAAAAUCUAAGCUGUCUGCCACAUUGAGUAUAGAAAAAUUAAUUGGAGAUUUCAGAUAAAUUUGAUUUUAAUCACUUUUUUUAACUUCCCAAAUAUAACCUUGUUUAAAAUUGUUAUUUGCAGUCUUGUUAGUUAUGAACCAGUGUUUCUAAGUCCCCAGGAGGGGAUUCACUGGGGGAGGUAGCUAAAGAGAUGAAGGAAGCCCAGAUCCUAAGAUUAUCCUUAUGUCAUGUUGAAACCUGGGUUUAUUUCUCAAAUUGAAUUAUUUUCUUUUUAAUUUUCAAAAGAGUACAUUGGUGCACCUGCACCUCCCUCUCCCAGUUAAUUGCAAUCUAAUGCCAAGAGGCACCUCUUUAUUAAUUACCAAAUAGUCUGUGUGACCAAGGACUAACGUUUUUAAGUUACUCGGCUCUAUCCUCGUGGGCCUAUAUAUUUAAUACCUCCAAAGAUAUUUUCAGGAUAGGCUUUGUAUACUUUUGUUGGUUAUUUAGAGUCCUGUGGUAUGUUUGUGGUACAGGAAUGUCAUGGUAAAUUGUUUUUCAAUAAAUAUUUUGAAACUUA